UGAGCUUUAUAAAGUCAUCAUCACCAUAUCUGAAGUCUAACAACUCUCAGAGCACCAUUUCCUGUCAGACAGCACCUCAGAGAAUAACAAGAUUGAAACAAUGGAAGACCUUUAUAUGGCAAACACAAUCUUUGCCCUCAAUUUUUUCAAGCAUGUGGCAAAUACAAGCACCACGCAGAAUCUCUUCUUCUCUCCAUGGGGCAUCUCAUCCACCAUGGUCAUGGUCUACCUGGGUGCCAGAGGCAACACUGCAGACCAGAUGGCCAAAGUGCUUCAGUUUAACCAAAUUGGAGUCCAUGAAGUCACCCCAGCGACCCCGGAGAAUGUCACCGGUUGUGAACUCAUGCAGCAGAUCCAGGUCACUUACCCUGAUGCCAUUUUGCAGGCACAAGCUGAAGAUACAAUCCAUUCAUCCUUCCGUUCUCUCAUCUCUGCAAUCAACGAGUCCACAGGGGAUUAUGUAUUGGAAAGUGCCAAUAAGCUGUUUGGAGAGAAGUCUGCGAGAUUCAAGGAAGAAUACAUACAACUCUCUAAGAAAUAUUACUCUACAGAACCCCAGGCAGUCGACUUCCUAGAAUGUCCAGAAGGAGCCAGAAAAAAGAUUAAUUUCUGGGUCAAUACUCAAACCAAAGGCAAAAUUCCAAACUUGUUACCUGAAGGUUCUGUAGAUCCAGAGACCAGGAUGGUCUUGGUGAAUGCUGUCUACUUCAAAGGAAAUUGGAAAACUCCAUUUCACAAGAAAUUAAACGGGCUUUAUCCUUUCCGUGUGAACUCGACUCAGCGUAAACCUGUACAGAUGAUGUACUUGCAUGAAAAGCUGAACAUUGGCUACAUAGAAGACCUAAAGACUCAGAUCCUAGAAUUGCCAUAUGUUGAAGAUGUCAGCAUGUUCGUGUUGCUUCCAGAUGAAAUUGCUAAUGUGUCUACUGGCUUGGAGUUGCUGGAAAGUGAAAUAACUUAUGACAAACUCAACAAGUGGAUCAGCAAAGACACAAUGGCUGAAGAUGACGUUGAGGUGUACCUGCCCCAGUUCAAAUUAGAAGAGCGUUACGAACUCAAAUCCAUUCUGAGACACAUGGGAAUGACUGAGGCCUUCAACAUGGGCCAGGCCAAUUUCUUAGGCAUGUCGGAAGGGAAUGACCUGUAUCUAUCUGAAGUGUUUCAUCAGGCCACUGUAGACGUCAAUGACAAGGGCACUGAAGCAACGGCUGGCACUGGGGCCAUCAUGUCAGGGAGAACCGGCCAUGGAGGCCCGCAAUUUGUGGCAGAUCAUCCUUUCCUCUUCUUCAUAAUGCACAAAAUAACCAAGACCAUCUUCUUUUUUGGUAGAUUCGCCUCACCCUAAAAUUGAAAGGUUCUGAUCUGUACAGGAUUUUGUAGCAUGAGCUAUAAGGCUCACAAUUGCUAUAAGUACCAAAAAUUUAGGGACUUUAUCUAUGUAUUUCUGUUUUUCCUGAACAACUUCUGCUCCACACUAAAUAUAAAUGCAGAAAUAACUAGACAACUGUCAAUCAUACGAUUACAACCCUAUUAAUUGUUUGGUCUCUUGAAAGGGGGUGAUGUACCAUUUAGUUUUUCCUUACUCUUAGUUUAUUUUAUAGCAUUAACUUUUCCUUUAUUAUUUAUUAUUUUAUAUAAUGUUUUUUAUUAUUGUUCACUGUCUAUUUAAUGUAGCUGAUACAGUUACAGAAACAGGGGAUCACUAUGUUUCUUUCUAAGGAAAUGCAUUUUUUUGUUUUUAUGAUGAAGGAUGACGAGGUGUCCUAUGCCCUUCUAUUAUAAAAACCUAGAAGAAAGCAUUGAAUAACAGGCAAAUAUAUGUUAUGGGCAUUUAUAGCAUUAUGUAUCACAUAGAUAUGUCUGUAACUUAUGUAAACUUGCAAAUAUAUAAUAAAUAAACAUGUUUC